GGUAGAGUAUUGGCUGGAGAGUUUGUGAAAAGUUCUGAGGCGAGCAGGAGGAAGUGGGGACCGACUAGCUGAGCUGCACCGGAGGCCGAGGAGCGAGGGGGGGUCUCAAGUGGCCCCUGGGAAACUCCGGUGGCCGGGAAGGAAGGAGCCGAGCGCCUACAUGAAAGGAGGGACCUGCUCGGAAGUUCGCCCCUACCUGAGCCGGGAACUCCAGCUGCAGGCUCCGCAGCACUUCCCCGGUGUGCUGGCUCGGUGGUGGCGACUACUACGCACGACCGGUGAGGAUCCGGAUGGCUGUGAGGUGGACCUGGGCAGGCAAGAGCUGCCUGCUGCUGGCACUUUUAACGCUGGCUUAUAUGCUAGUGGAGCUCUCGGUUUCCACUUUGUACGCUUCCUCAGGAGCCGGCCAUGCCAGGGAGCUGGGGCCAAGGCGGCUCUCAGACCUUGAGACAAGGGAAGAGGAUUUGUCUCAGCCUGUUUAUAGAAAGCCCCCUGCGGAUUCCCAUGCCCUUGGCGAAUGGGGGAGAGCAAGCAAACUCCAGCUCAACGAGGAUGAACUGAAGCAGCAAGGAGAACUCAUUGAGAGAUACGCCAUCAACAUUUACCUCAGUGACAGGAUCUCCCUGCACCGCCACAUAGAGGAUAAAAGAAUGUAUGAGUGUAAAUCCAAGAAGUUCCACUACAGGUCGCUUCCUACCACCUCCGUUAUCAUCGCCUUCUAUAACGAAGCCUGGUCCACUCUGCUUCGGACCAUUCACAGUGUUCUAGAAACUUCUCCUGCGGUGCUUUUGAAGGAGAUCAUCUUGGUGGAUGACUUGAGUGACAGAGUUUAUUUGAAGGCGCAACUUGAAGCUUACAUCAGCAAUCUCGAAAGAGUUCGCUUGAUUCGAACAAAUAAGAGAGAGGGACUGGUCCGGGCCCGCCUGAUCGGGGCCACUUUUGCCACCGGGGAUGUCCUCACUUUCCUGGAUUGUCACUGUGAGUGUAACACUGGUUGGUUGGAACCACUCUUGGAAAGGAUUAGUAGAGAUGAGACGGCCAUCGUAUGCCCUGUUAUCGAUACUAUUGAUUGGAAUACUUUUGAAUUCUACAUGCAGACUGGGGAGCCCAUGAUUGGUGGGUUUGACUGGCGGUUAACAUUCCAGUGGCAUUCCGUCCCCAAACAUGAAAGAGACAGGCGGACAUCACGAAUUGACCCCAUCAGGUCACCCACCAUGGCAGGAGGACUGUUUGCUGUCAGCAAGAAGUAUUUUCAGUACCUGGGAACUUAUGACACUGGCAUGGAAGUAUGGGGAGGUGAAAACCUUGAGCUGUCUUUCCGGGUUUGGCAGUGUGGUGGCAAACUGGAGAUCCACCCAUGUUCUCACGUGGGCCACGUGUUUCCCAAGCGGGCACCAUAUGCUCGCCCCAAUUUCCUACAGAACACCGCUAGGGCAGCCGAAGUGUGGAUGGACGACUACAAAGAACAUUUCUAUAACCGAAACCCUCCAGCGAGGAAAGAGGCCUACGGUGAUAUUUCUGAAAGGAAGCUGCUCAGGGAACGGCUCAAGUGUCAGAGCUUUGACUGGUAUCUGAAAAACGUGUUUUCUAACUUACACGUCCCAGAGGACAGACCCGGCUGGCAUGGAGCGAUCCACAGUAUGGGCAUCUCUUCCGAGUGCUUAGAUUAUAAUGCUCCUGACAACAACCCCACAGGUGCUAACCUGUCAUUGUUUGGAUGUCACGGCCAAGGAGGCAAUCAAUUCUUUGAAUACACUUCAAACAAAGAAAUCAGAUUUAAUUCUGUGACUGAAUUAUGUGCAGAGGUCCCUGAACAAAAGGAUUACGUAGGGAUGCAAAACUGUCCCAAAGAUGGGCUCCCGGUCCCAGUAAACAUCAUUUGGCAUUUCAAAGAAGAUGGAACUAUUUUUCACCCUCACACAGGACUGUGCCUCAGUGCUUACCGGACAUCUGAAGGCCGCCCUAGUGUACAGAUGAAGACUUGUGACGCCCUUGAUAAAAAUCAGAUCUGGAGGUUUGAGAAAUAGACAAAUAGAAGAGCACCUUCUCUUCGGAGGUGACUGUGGGCUCUGGGCAAUCAAAGUGCCUCGGAGAUGAUUGUUAAUUUACCCAAAGUCACCCAGCAGCUGUCUGUAAGAAUGCUGCAAAGCCGUGGUUCCUUUGGGAUCUCACUCUGAAACUGGGUGCCCAGAACACCUGCUGCUCGACAUCUCAAAGUGCCUUUAUUUCCUCAUGGGUUGUUUUAUUGAAAAGCUUGGUCGAUAAUGGUCUCCGACUUCUCUUUCAAGAAAGCUGCUGUGAAAUGAUAUGCACAAGACACUUAAGUGUGGGCUGUGAGUGUAGCUCAGCAGUAGGCCACUUGGCUGGUGUGCACACGAGCCUGAGUCUCAUCCACAGCACCAGGAAACGCACACCUAAGUGCAAGGCUUAAUAGC